GGAUCUCCCGCAUUAAACCGCUUUGGCAACCAACGCUCGGCAUCGCCAUUUUCAUAGCGAAGCUUUGCCGCAUUCUCAUCAGUCGCUGCUGAAUAGAGGAAUUUAUAUACUCACGACUCCUUAUUAUAUUUACCACCGGCAAUCAUGGCGCACAAAUUCGUCAUCACCGCCUUCGUCACAGGCUCCCGUAUCCUCGGCCGCUCCUUUAUGGCCGCUUACAAGCAAGCCCAGGCCGCGUCCAACUACCAGCGUGCGCAGGCCAAGGCUGGUCUCGGAGGCUCUGGCGGCGCUUCGCUCUCUUCCGGCAUGACGCUGGAUGAGGCCUGCAAGAUUCUCAACGUCAAGCCCCCUGCCGGCGGCCAGGCCAAUGUCGAAGAAGUCCUCGAGCGUUACAAGCGACUGUUCGACGCCAACGACCCCCAGAAGGGCGGCAGCUUCUACCUCCAAAGCAAGAUUCUCCGCGCUAAGGAGCGCUUCGAGCGAGAAAUCGGCCCGAUCCGAGAAAAAAUGGAACAAGAAGCCGAAGUCAAAGAAGGCUGGAAGCCCAAGAUGUACAAGGACAAAUAAGUCCGCGCAUCUUGGUAGCCAUCUGUGGCAGAGGAUCAUACCUUGUCACAACAUACUAUACCACCCAAUCUUGGCUGCAAUAUAGCCACACUGUACUUUAAAAGUCGCAUGAAUGAGCGCGAGACGGGAGGAGAAAAGGCACCGGAGGAGACGCCACAUUCCAUUUGUAUACUGUACAUCUUCACUCGACUUGCGGCAUGGCACGGCGUUAUUUAUUCGGACAUUUCAUAUUUGAGACGAUAGGCGAGACGGAAGAAGAAGAAAAAACUUUAGAGUGACGACCCCUUAGAAGAGGGCUUCGUCAGGAAAACCACACCAAAACUGACUGCUGCGCAUGAGGUCCUUUCGCAUGACGCGGCGGCAACAUAUUUUGUAUUUGUAUUAUAGACUAAUGAGAGGACUUUUCUAACACAUGUCAUCUUUCUUGUAUAUUUGUUACUCUUUUCGUCUUACAAGGCCCCUCCAAUAGUCGAAACUGUUCUCGUCGCUUUGGAGAGACCAGACACGGCCUGUAGCUCUGCCUGACCGAUCUACCUCUUGGACUUUGAGCAUACCCCAGUCUUUCGAAAUGCCGAUGACCUUGGCUUUCGCGCCUGCUUCUUGCUCUAGUGAAAUCAUUUGACCAGUGUGAAGCCAGUGUUGGUAGUAGCGAGCCUCCAGAUCCGCCGAAAACCCUUCGCGCCGAAACUGUGCGUAUAUUGCUUCGAUACGGGUCAGGAUGCGCGCAAGAAGUGUCUCCAAGUGAAACGGCUCAGCUGUGGGAGGCAAAAGAUCUGAAAUCGACGUUGUAGGACGAGGGUUUGUAGCGUUGAUGCCAAUUCCGAGCACAAUCUGAUAGGCUCCGUCGGAGUAUCCGCAUUGCGAUAACAAACCGCCAAUCUUGACGUAUGAUUUGCUUUCAGCUGGCUUUGUGGGAUCCAAGGC